GUCAUUGCAUUCAAAAUUUGACGAGUGCAUUCACCAUGUUUUUAGACAUCUUAGAUUGAACAUGAAGAAAAAUUUGUUGUUAUAAACAUAUAGCAUCUACUGAACAUAAUAACCACUGAAUGUAAUACUGACAAAUAUCAAAUCUUUUUCUGUAUGUAACAACUGAUUCACCAUAACGAGCCGUCGAGCCCAUGGUUUCCCCAAGUUUGGGAAACAAAGAAGAAGAAGAAGACGAUCAAGCUUUUUAUCAAAAACUAAUUGUAAUCUGUGUUUUUAUAUUUUAGCGGAUUUUGUAAAAAAAAAGUUUACUCAAGGCUUGUUUAGAAUUUAGAUGAAGCCACAUAUAGAGAUCUGUUUCAAAUUGAUUUUGAAGCCUCCCAAUUAAAGUACGGUGCGAAUGAACUGAAUAUUUCAAUUCAUAGGGAACACUAGACUUCAAAAUGCACAUAAAACAAAUAAUUAUUCAUGGAUUCAAAAGCUACAGGGAUCAAACUGUCGUAGAACCUUUUGAUAAAAGACAUAAUGUGGUAGUAGGUCGCAAUGGAUCUGGAAAAAGUAACUUUUUUUAUGCCAUUCAAUUUGUUUUGAGUGAUGAAUUCUCUCACUUGAGACCAGAACAGAGGCAAGCUCUCUUGCAUGAAGGUACAGGGGCUCGAGUCUUGGCUGCAUAUGUAGAAAUUAUAUUUGAUAACAGUGAUGCUCGUGUACCAAUUGAGCAUGAAGAAAUUUAUUUAAGAAGAGUAAUUGGAUUCAAGAAAGAUCAAUACUUCUUGAAUAAAAAGAUUGUGCCAAGGACAGAAGUCAUGAAUCUUCUUGAAUCUGCUGGUUUCUCAAAUUCUAAUCCUUAUUAUAUAGUCAAACAAGGUAAAAUUAACCAAAUGGCUACCGCUCCAGAUGCUCAUCGCUUGAAAUUAUUAAGGGAAGUUGCUGGAACGAGGGUUUAUGAUGAAAGACAUGGACAAUCUAUAACUCUUUUGAGGGAAACUGAGGGUAAACUGGAAAAAAUUGGGGAAUUUUUGAGAACAAUUGAAGAACGUCUUCAAACAUUGGAAGAAGAAAAAGAAGAAUUGCGGCAAUAUCAAAUACAUGACAAAAAUAGGAGAGCCCUUGAAUUUAUUAUACAUGAAGUUGAAUUGAAUGAGAAUAAGAAAAAAUUGGAAGAAUUAAAAAAGCAAAGAAAUGAAUCUGGUACUGAACAAGAAAAAUUAGCAGCAAAUUUAAAAAAAGCACAAGAUAAUAUUAAGAGUUUGAGUAAAAAAAUUAAAGAAACUAAAAAAGAACUCAUAUCAGUCAAGGAAGAACGAGAUAUUCUAAAUAAUGAUCAGCAACAUCUUAUUAAAGAAAAGGCAAAAUUGGAUUUGACUAUAAAAGAUUUGUCAGAAGAAGUUUUAGGGGAUAAUAAGUCAAAGGAAAGGGCUGAAAAUGAAUUAGCUCGAUUAACACAAAGCAUUAAGGAAAAAGAAGCAGAAUUAGAAAAGAUUAAACCUCAGUACGAAGCAAUGAAGAAAAAAGAAGAAGACUGCAGUAGAGAGUUAGUAUUGAAAGAACAAAAACGUAAAGAACUUUAUGCUAAACAAGGUAGAGGAAGUCAAUUCACUUCAAAAGAUGACAGAGAUCGAUGGAUUCAAAAUGAAUUGAAAUCUCUCAAUAAACAACUCAAAGAUAAAAAAGACCAUCGUGAUAAAUUAGAGGCUGAUUUGAAGAGAGAUGCCUCAAAAACUAUUGAAUUGACUAAAAAAAUUGAGGAACAGUCACAGGAAAUGGAGAGACAAAAAAAUUGUAUUGAUGAACAUAAUAAGCAAUGUUACGAACUGAAAAAAAACAAGGAUACUUUUCAAACAACCAGAAAUGAAUUAUGGAGAAAAGAGAACAAUGUGCAACAGAACUUGUCUUCCUUGAAAGAAGAUCUAGCCAAGGCAGAUCAACAACUGAGGUCUAUGGCUGGUAAACCGAUUUUAAAUGGAAGGGACAGCGUAAGAAAAGUAUUGGAUACUUUCUUGAAAAGUGGAGGAAAAGAUGCUGAAAUUGUUCGUUCCUAUUAUGGACAGGUAAUUGAAAAUUUUGACUGUGAGAAGAGUAUCUAUACAGCAGUUGAAAUGACAGCUGGUAACCGUCUAUUUCAUCACGUUGUAGAAACAGAUAGAAUAGGAACAUUAAUUCUCAAAGAAAUGAACAGACAGAAACUUCCUGGUGAAGUUAAUUUCAUGCCUCUUAACAGACUUAGUGUCAGAAAUAUUGAAUAUCCCAAUGAUUCAGAUGCUAUACCAAUGGUUUCUAAACUUCAUUAUGAACCCAAAUAUGAUAAGGCAAUGAGAUAUCUGUUUGGUAAGACUUUAAUCUGUAGGAAUCUGGAAGUUGCCACGAAAUUAUCCAGAAAUUCAGGAUUGGACUGUGUAACUUUAGAUGGUGACCAAGUAUCCUCAAAAGGUGUGUUAACAGGAGGUUAUUGCAACACCUCAAGAUCACGUUUAGAAAUGCAGAAAAAUAGAAGUGAAACAAUACAACAAAUUAAACAGUGUGAAGAAGAGCUGAAAUGUCUUCGAGAGGAACUGAGUAAAACUGAAACUUCUAUCAACAGCAUAGUAUCUGAAAUGCAAAAAACUGAAACUAAAAACAGCAAAGCCAAAGGUAUUUUUGAUAAAGUUAAGGGGGAAUUGAGAUUGAUGAGAGAAGAACUAUCUAACAUCGAAAGAUUCAGGGGUCCUAAAGAAAGAUCAUUAGCUCAAUGUAAAUCUAAUUUAGAAGCUAUGCAAUCUACCAAAGAAGGUUUAGAAUCCGAGUUGCAUCAAGAGUUAUUGUCUCAGUUAUCUGUUGCUGAUCAAGCUGAAGUUGAUUCAUUAAAUGAUGAUAUUCAACGAUUACAAAAAGAAAACAAAGAAGCUUUCAGUAUGAGAAUGAAGUUAGAAGCUGAAAAGAAUAAAUUGGAAAAUUUGCUUACAAAUAAUCUUAUUCGUAGGCGUGAUGAAGUUCUCCAUGCUUUACAAGAAAUAUCUCUUGAAGAUCGUAAAAGACAACUGGUCAACGCUAAGAGCGAACUUGAAGAAAUCGAUAGGAAAAAAGAUAGAGUCAAUAAAGAUUUGAGCUCUAUGGAAAAUAAGGUCAAAGAGAUGACUAAAAGACUUAAAAAUGAACAGUCAGAUUUAGACAACUACAAGAAGAAAGAGAAAGAUGCUCAAGAUAGGAUAGAUGAGGAUGCAAAACAUCUAGAAAAAUUUGCAACAAAACAAAACUUAUUGGAACAAAAAAUUGCUGAAUGUGUUGAGAAGAUAAAUCAACUAGGAGCCCUUCCUGCUGAAGACCUAUAUUCUCACUACAUACAGAUGUCAUCAAAAUCAUUAUUCAAGGAAUUAGAAAAAACCAACAACCAACUGAAGAAGUUCAGUCAUGUGAAUAAAAAAGCUUUAGAUCAAUUCAUGAGUUUUUCAGAUCAACAGGAAAAACUACAUAAACGUAAAGAAGAAUUGGAUAGAGGAAAUGAAAAAAUUCAAGAAUUGAUAGCAAUGUUAGAAAUGCGUAAAAUGGAAGCUAUUCAAUUUACAUUCAAGCAGGUUUCAAAGUUCUUUACAGAAGUUUUCAAAAAAUUAGUACCUGCAGGUCGUGCAAAAUUAGUUAUGAAAACAGCAGAUAAUGAAGAAGGGAGAGCUAUAGGUCCUGAAGAUAGUUCAGAUAAUUUCACUGGUAUAGGAAUAAAAGUUUCAUUUACAGAAUCAGACUCUGAAAUGAAAGAAAUGAACCAGCUCUCAGGUGGUCAAAAGUCCUUGGUUGCACUUGCCUUAAUUUUUGCAAUUCAAAAAUGUGAUCCCGCUCCAUUCUAUCUAUUUGAUGAGAUCGAUCAAGCUCUUGAUGCACAGCACAGGAAAGCUGUUGCUAAUAUGAUCCAUGAAUUGUCUUCUGAAGCCCAAUUCAUCACUACUACCUUCAGACCUGAACUUCUCGAACAUGCUCAUAAAUUUUAUGGUGUUAAGUUUAGAGGAAAAGUGAGUCAUAUUGAAUGUGUUAGUCGGGAUGUAGCUAGAGAUUUUGUUGAAGAUGACCAAACCCAUGGUUAAGUUUAUUUUAAAGAAUGAUAAUUUUAUUUAUAUUGAAAUAUAGGACCUCCUUCAUUAUUGUUGUUUAAACCAACAAGUACUUUUUCAUUAUGUAUUUUAUUGUAUUUAAACAUUCAUUUCUUAAACUUUCACUCCUGACCCAUGGUUAAGUUUAUUUUAAAGAAUGAUUAUUUUUUUAUAUAUAUUGAAAUAUAGGACCCCCUUAAUUAUUGUUAUUAAACCAACAAGAACUUUCUCA